UCUCGGCCACCAUGUCCAGCCUCCAGGCCCUGUGCUCAGGCCUGCCCCUGCGGCCGCUCCCCGAGAACCGGGGACGCUGGCCUGGGGUGCCCCACGCCCCUGUCAGGACCCCCGGCCUCACCCCUUCUGAGGAGCAGCUGGCUCUGAAGAACGCCCUGCGCUACUUCCCCCCGGACGUGCAGAAGCAGCUGGCCCCUGAGUUCGCCCAGGAGCUGCGGCUGUACGGGCACAUCUACAUGUACCGCUUCUCCCCCACCAUUGAGAUGAGGGCCUACCCCAUCCAGCAGUACCCCUGCCGGACCAGAGCUGCCGCGGCCAUCAUGCACAUGAUCAUGAACAACCUGGACCCUGCCGUGGCCCAGUUUCCCCAGGAGCUCGUGACCUACGGAGGAAACGGACAGGUGUUCAGCAACUGGGCUCAGUUCUGGCUGACCAUGGCCUACUUGUCGCAGAUGACCGAAGAGCAGACGCUGGUCAUGUACAGUGGACACCCGCUCGGCCUCUUCCCCAGCAGCCCCUCCGCCCCCAGGCUGGUCAUCACUAACGGGAUGGUUAUUCCCAACUACUCCUCCAGGGCCGAGUACGAGAAGCUGUUUGCCUUGGGGGUCACAAUGUACGGCCAGAUGACGGCGGGCAGCUACUGCUACAUCGGGCCCCAAGGGAUUGUGCACGGCACUGUGCUCACUGUGCUGAACGCGGGACGUCGGUACCUGGGCGCCCAGGACCUGGCCGGGAAGGUCUUCGUCACCUCCGGGCUGGGCGGGAUGAGUGGGGCCCAGGCCAAGGCCGCAGUGAUCGUGGGAUGUAUCGGCGUGAUAGCAGAGGUGGACAAGGCCGCCCUCCAGAAGCGCCACCAGCAGGGCUGGCUGAUGGAGGUGACCGACAGCCUGGACCACUGCAUCGAGAGACUCAGGGUAGCCAGGAAGAAGAAGGAGGUGCUCAGCCUCGGGUACCACGGCAACGUGGUGGAUCUUUGGGAGCGCCUGGUCCGGGAGCUGGAGACCACGGGGGAGCUGUUGGUGGACCUGGGGUCAGACCAGACUUCCUGCCACAACCCGUUCAACGGCGGCUACUACCCCGUGCAGCUGGGCUUCGCCGAGGCCCAGAGCCUCAUGGCCUCCGACCCUGCCGCCUUCAAGGGCCUGGUCCAGGAAAGCCUGAGGAGGCACGUGGCCGCCAUCAACCGGCUGGCCCAGGAGAAAUUCUUCUUCUGGGACUACGGCAACGCGUUCCUCCUGGAGGCCAAGCGAGCAGGCGCUGACGUGGAGAAGAAGGGGGCCAACAAGACCGAGUUCCGCUACCCCUCGUAUGUGCAGCACAUCAUGGGGGACAUCUUCUCCCUGGGCUUCGGGCCUUUCCGCUGGGUGUGCACGUCGGGGGACCCCCAGGACCUGGCGCUCACGGACCAGCUGGCCACGUCUGUGCUGGAGGAGAUCAUUGCCGGCGGAGUGAACCCUGCGGUGAAGCUGCAGUACAUGGACAACAUCCGCUGGAUCCGGGAGGCGGCCAAGCACCGCAUGGUCGUGGGCUCCCAGGCUCGGAUCCUGUACUCGGACCAGAAGGGCCGCGUGGCCAUUGCCGUGGCCUUCAACCGCGCCAUCGCCAGUGGGAAGAUCAAGGCGCCGGUGGUCCUGAGCCGAGACCACCACGACGUGAGUGGCACAGACAGCCCCUUCAGGGAGACCUCCAACAUCUACGACGGCUCGGCCUUCUGUGCGGACAUGGCCGUGCAGAACUUCGUGGGAGAUGCCUUUCGCGGGGCCACCUGGGUCUCUCUUCACAACGGAGGAGGCGUCGGCUGGGGUGAGGUGAUCAACGGGGGAUUUGGCCUCGUGCUGGAUGGGACCCAGGAGGCGGAGCAGAGGGCCAGGAUGAUGCUCGGCUGGGAUGUCUCCAACGGAGUGGCCCGGCGCUGUUGGUCGGGUAACCCAAAGGCCUACGAGAUCAUCCGUCAGACCAUGCAGGAGAACGAGGGCCUGGUGGUGACGCUCCCUCAGGAGGUGGCUGACGAGCGCAUGCUCCAGCAGGCCCUGCAGGCGUGAGCCAAGCUGGCUGCCAGCCAAGGCCCCCCGUCCCCAGCCUGACCCUCACAGCCACUCUGCCCCCUCCACUGCCCACCUGGUCUCCAGGUCAGAAGUGCCACACCUCCCCUCACGCAGCCCUGCCCUCACCCACAGGCUCUGACCCCGCCACCCCCAGUUUGGCCGGGAGUCUGUUGAGGUCCUGAGAUCUGGGGACCACCUGUCCGUGGCCAUGACACCCCACUGGGCCCGAAUCCUCCCUGCAGCCCGCCAUGCCAUAGGGCCUGUGUACCACGAGACCCGCUGAGCUGGGUCGGCCAGGCCCUUUCCCGGCCCCGCUCUGUCCCGCCCUCCCCUCGGCUCGUCACUCUGCCUUCCCUUCAUCCCUCACCUCUGGCCUUGGGGCUCUGGCUGUGGGCACACCAAGGCCCAGGCCCAGGCCCUGAGUUUGGAGAGGUCAGCGGGGAGGGUGGACAGGGCAGUCCAAGCUUCCCCAGAGAGCUGUGUCCAGACAAGCUGGAGGUGGGAGGCGAGCCAGGCUCUGUCCUAAGGGAUAAGCGAUGCGUGGCUGGGGAAAAUGUGAGAGAGGAGAGUGCCACAGCAGGGAAACACAGUCCGUCAUUUAGGACAGAAGUCUGCUCAGGAGUCCUGGGCCCCGGGCAGGAACUGCACCUGGCCCCAGGCCGGAUUCGUGGGUUCCUUCCACCGCUGAGCGCCCCGGCAGAGGCCUUGCCUUUCCUGAAAUGGGCACUGUUGUGUUUGAUUUUUUGCCAGUUCCCACUUUCAGGGUCCUUCCCUCCCCGUCCCUGGUGGCCCCAUAUCCCCUCUUGAUGCUUCACCCACACACGCUCCACUCCCUCUGGUGCUGUGGAGGCCAGACUUGGAGGGGCCAGGAGAGGGGGGUAUGGGGGAGGGGACCCCUGAAGAGUGUUACCCGCUGAGGGCAGAGGCGAGCUUGCUGGGGUGUGGAUGCUUGUCUUGCUUGGCUCAAAUAAUAGGACCCCGGUCCAGACAAUCUUUGCUCUCCCUAGAAGAGGCCCCUGCAGGAGUCCCCACCCUCAGUCUAGGACAGAUCUGCCACCGUCCUGCUGCAGGACCAGGCCUGGGAGACCUGGUCCUGUGCCACUCACGGGGACCCUUUGUUAUC